AUGCUCAAACAAAUCUGGGGCCCGGAGCGGAGGUUUGCGGAUUCAACCAAGUGCUGGAGCUUUGCGCAGCCAUCAGAUCGAAACCUGGGCUUGGCGUCUCCCAAUAUCCGGGUCAACUGGACAAAGUUCUUCCUUAACGUUCCAAUGAAGAUACACACCGUCGCCGCUGGCGGUAUCGCCAUCCUCUCCGGGGUUGUGUCUGCCCAAGGUUUCCUUAGUUCUUGCAGUCAAGCUUGGUUUGCGUCGACCAGUACCCCUUGGCUGUAUGCGAGGUGCGAUAGCAUAUCGAAGGAGAAGAUACUGUCCAGGAUAGACCUAAACCAGUGCAUCGGAAACGAGAACGGUGUCCUGGUUUCCCGAACCAAGUACGUGGUUGCGUACCUGCUCCUGCUUCUCACCUUUGAAUCCCGCUCCUCCUCGCAAAGACCAGCAGCAGACACCUCAAAGAGCCUAGUCUCCCAUGAUGCUGUUUGUCCCUCACUAACGGGACCGUUUAACUAUAGGGGCAACUUCCAGGGCAGCUGUAACAGUUGUGUCGCUGAUGACUUGACCAAUGUUUCUGAUCCGGAGAACCCAGUAAUUGGUGACAUCACCAUCAACCUCCCGGUCCAGGGGACCAACUUGACUUGUUCGUGUCGGGAGAAGGAUGGCGACCAACGCAUUGGGACAUCUAUUAACCUGAACACUGUCAUUGGCAAUGACAACGGCGUUCUCAAGUGCUUCGACAAUUACGGACAGAGCUUCGGCUAG